UGUUCAUUAUUUAAGCUAUUUAUGUUUAUAAGCAAAACAUCAAAAGACGGGAUAGUGAUAAGAUUAGAGCAAUUAAUGUUUAUUCUGUUCUCAUUUUCAACUAAAGGGAGUGCUUAGAUUGCUCAUUGUUACGCAUUGAAAUUGAUGCUAUAGAUAACAAUUUUUGAAUGAGUCUUUACAGUAAUAGUUGAACGUUGGUUGCUGGGUCUACUAUAAUAAAGCAUUAUAGCAUUUUAUGUUUUAUAUCUCAACAAAUUUCUUACUGUAAAAAGGGUUUUAGAAACACGCGUGUUUUAGCAAUGUUGAGUUCAAGUAAUGGUAGUGUAGACCGCGGAGAUGGUGAAAAGAUCUUGGCUAUGUGUAGCUUAGGUCUUGGUAGCUUUUUGUUUGGAAUGCUUCCUGCCGUCAUUUCAGCGCAAAAUCGUCGACGUUUUCCUCUAACUAUAUCGUUAUUGUUGUGCUUCGGAGCUGGUAUACUCUUGGCUACUGCCAUAGUUCAUAUUUUGCCGGAAGUACGCAAACAGAUGGAUUCAAACUUUGCAGAAAUAACUAUUUGUGGGGGAUUUUUUUUAAUAUAUUUUAUUGAUGAGUUCAUACAUUACUUCUUUGGUGAAGCUAUACAGCACACACAUUCUCAUGCCACUGGCUCCAAUAUACCCAACAAUCACCGUAAUAGUAAUUUGGACACGGACAGAACUCCACUUUUGAAUGAUAGACGUGAUUAUUAUGCUAACCAAAAUGGAGAAGGUCAACAAAAUAGUUCUGACUCGAAUAAUGAGUCAACUCACCAACAUUCGUAUUAUAAUACAUCACAUUGUGCAGAGGAAGCAGUUAUUGCGGAAUCUAAUGCGAGAAUAUGUCAUACGAGUCAUGAAGAACCAUGUGUUCAAUCUAUGACAGGUACCUUGGGACUUUUUGUAGCAUUGUCUCUACAUUCAGCUAUCGAGGGUUUGGCAAUUGGAGUUCAAAAUUCUUCAAGAAAGGUGCUUUUCCUGCUUGGCGCCGUCGCAUGCCAUAAGCUCGUCAUGGGCUUUUGUUUAGGUUUGGAGUUUCGCUCAAACCCACAAACAACGCUUCGCCAACAUUUUCUCGGCAUUGUAGUGUUUGCAUUGGGUGCUAUUUGCGGCAUCGGCAUAGGCAUGAUUAUCGCCGAUAUACCGUCGGGUUGGUCGACUGCUGCGCUGCCAAUUGUGCAGGCGCUCGCUGGUGGCACGCUCUUUUAUGUAACUGUCUGCGAAGUUAUACCAAGAGAAAAGUCGCGUUGGCAUCAAAACGCUGGACGCAGAAUAGCCGGUUUUGGACAGUUUUUGGCGGUUAUCAGUGGCUUCGCGCUAAUGUGUUGCAUUAACUAUUUCCUUGACGACGGCGAUAGCUAACGGGAAUUUUCAACUAUAAGCAAUCUCUGAUGGUAAUCUCCAAUAUUUAUUUUUUGGCUAUAAAACAAUAAAAAGUUUGUGAUUUUAUAAGUGUGUGUUUAUUAUAGUAGCGUAAAUAUAUAUUAAUACAUUUAUUUUACACGCAUUUUUUAACGAAAUUAAAUUAAUUUGAAAAGUAUCCGUAAACUUAUGUAUUUAUUUCUCAAUCGUCGCAACAAAUAUUCUUUUAGAACUGACUUUUAAGAUCUAUUUUGACAUGUUAUAUUGACAACUGAAUCACCAAACUUCGAGCUUUUGAUAGAUUUAUAAAAAUAAGUUGAUACAUCGUGGUACAUACAUUUAAUCGAGUGAAUUCAUUUUUUCGUUUUGAUUAUAAAUAUGUGGUUAUUUAUGUAUGUAUGUAUGUAUGUAUUGGUGGAAAAUUCACUCUUUUACAAAAACUAUCAAAAAUCAUGAAUAAUCAUAUUUAUAGACUAAGUUAGUAAAUAAGUCUAAAAAUUAAUCUCGGGAAAACUUAAUUAAACUUCUUAUUAUUAAUUGUUUCUGUAUUUAUAUGCAAUUAUAUGCACAAUUUCUCUGCUAUUGAUGUUUAUAUCGUUUUUCAGAAUAUCUAGGUGUGUAUGCUAUGUACUUAUAAUUAAAUAUGUUAAUUGCAAUAUAUUAUUGUGAUUCAUAUAUUUAUAUACAAUAUUCCAAUUCACAUGAUUUUUUCUGUUUUUGAUGAAAAAAAAACAAGACAUUAGAAUAGAUCAACAAUUUAUGUCAAAUAUCAAUCCAUUUAAGGAUUUUCCCAACAUUUUAUGCGAACUAAACAUCUAUACAACAAACAAUAGUUAUAUAAUAUUUUUAAUAUUAAUUUUUGAAGAUUGAAUCUUCUUAAUUACGCUGUCAAAUCAAUCAAUUAAACCAAUUUCAAAAUAAUGCAUUUACGAAUAGACGAAUUGACAGAAGUAAACCUUGCGCAAAGUUAUAUUCAAUUAAUUUAUAGAGCAACGUUAGAAGGAAUUUAUUUCAUAUUUAGAGGUUAUAAAAUAUUGUAACAGCUUAGUUAUUAUGUAAAUAUUUAUGUAUCCAUAUUGUAUUGCGCCAACGCAUGUGUAUCUAAAAUUAUGUUAUUCCGAUUAAAACUUACAUUGCAAUUAAAUCUA